AUGGCUAGACAGAAUUUUGUGGGAUUAGUUGUAUCCCAAGGUCGAAUGAACAAGACCGUAAAAGUCAGAGUUCAAGGCAAAGUGUACGAUAGGAGAAUAGACAAGGAAGUUAUUCGAAGAAAAGAUUUCUUGGUUCAUGAUGAAGGAAACAUUAGCAAAGAAGGUGACAUCGUUCGAAUUGAAGCCAUCCCUAAAAUGUCCAAGCGAAAAGCAUUUGCCAUAGCUGAAAUCAAAGUCAACAAGGGUCAACAGUUUGCUCAGUAUGAAGACUUGGCCAAACAAAGAAUCAAGCAAGAAGAUGAAUUGGAAGCACAAAAGUUUGUUGCAAAUAAGAAACAAUUCAAGAACAUAAUCACUCAGCUUGAAGAUUUAAGGAAAUUAGAUCAACUAAGCCACCAAAUCACCAGUGAAGAAGAAGCAAGUGAAUCCAACCAUCAAAAUUUAAUCAAUGAAGUGAACUCAAUCAAGGCCAAAUACAACAUCAAAUCGUGGCCGUCAACAGAACCAAUAAUAGACCUAGAGUUGAAUACCCCUGCGUAUUCGUCAGAGACCGAAAAGAGGGUGUAUCAUAUCAAUGACAUUUUAGACACGGUCAUGAAUGAUUCGAAAUAUACGGAAUUGAAGUUGAAAAUAUUGAAUGAUAAAUUCAAGAAUAGACCCAUUGAUGAAAUACAAAAGAGCGUUCAGAAGAAUGUUUUGAGAAAGUAUUUCAUAAAUGAAAAGAACGAAUUGCCAUUUGCGAUAUAA